GCGGCGGCGGCUGUUCUCGAAGAGGCGCCGGCGGCGGCAGCGGGCUAUGAAAAUCCAUCAUCUAGCUUACUCCAAGACCACUACCUUGAUGCAACAUGGAGAACUGACAUGGGGCUUCCAUGGAGUCUUGAUAACACAAUCAGUGAAGAAAACAAGGCUGCCAUUGAGAAGAUGUUAUUAGAAGAAGAAUACUAUCUGUCGAAUAAAUCACUUCCAGAAAAACUUUGGCAUGAACUGAAAGAAAGUGAUAAAAAGUGCACAAAAAGUCCACAAAAGAAAGAAGCAAAAGUCACGUUACGCUCUCCUACAAAAUUGGGAAGUGGAUCAUUGAAGUGGACAACAGAUGAAAAAGAGCUUUUUGAACAGGGACUGACUAAAUUUGGGAGAAGAUGGACAAAAAUUGCUAUGAUGAUUGGAAGUCGCAAUGUUCUUCAAGUAAAGAGCUAUGCCAGGCAGUACUUUAAGAACAAGGCAAAGACUGAUGGCUCAGAGAAAGUGGAACAGCGGCGACAGUGUGUCAGUUUUCCUGUUCCCAGUACCAAUGAGGAUGAUGAGGGAAAGACAGUGGUAUGUGCAUCUACACAAUUAAGAGGCCGAGCAGAUCCUAACCUGAACGCAGUGAAAAUUGAAAAAUUAUCAGAUGAUGAAGAAGUUGAUAUUACAGAUGAAAUGGAUGAGCUUCUUUCUCACAUCCCUCAGCAAGAAUCUGGAAGGUGUGAAUUGUUAGGUUCUCCAAAGAGUCUAUCCAGGCAAAGCAGUUGGACAGUGCCUACUUUAGAUUCUGAAGGACAUACAUCUGCCAUUCUGUUAACUGCAAAAUACAGUCCAAAGUCAGAGGAAAGCCCUGGUACGCUAGAGACAACAGUGUCAUGUUCUGAGAACAAUAGUCAUGAAUCUGUGAAUUCAGAGAAUCAGAGGUGCAAUGAAGUAAGAAGUUCUAAUGGGUCUAAUUGGGUUUCUAGCCCAGAGCUUUGUGGUGAACAAAGAGACUUAAGUGAAAGCAGCAUUCUUGUCCAUCCUUCCGACCAGCUAGAAGAGGAGAAUCACAUGGAUGCAGAAGAGCUUAAACCACCUGAUCAAGAAGUAGAAAUAGAUAGAAAUACCAUAAUGGAAGAAGAAAAACAAGCAAUACCAGAGUUUUUUGUGGGACGUCAGGCCAAAACACCUGAACGCUACCUGAAAAUUAGAAACUAUAUUUUGGAUCAGUGGGAAAGAAUCAAACCAAAAUACCUGAACAAGACUUCGGUACGCCCAGGAUUGAAGAACUGUGGUGAUGUCAACUGCAUAGGACGUAUACACACAUACCUGGAAUUAAUAGGAGCAAUUAACUUUGGAUGUGACCAGGCUGUAUAUAACAGACCACAGAAUACAGACAAAAUACGUCCCAGAGAAGGCAAGGACGCUAUUGAUGCAUAUCAAUUUGUGCAACGGCUGCAGUCUAUGCGUACAAGGAGACGUCGAGUCAGAGACCCAUGGGGAAACUGGUGUGAUGCCAGAGAUUUGGAAGGACAGACAUUUGAGCACCUUUCUGCUGAGGAGCUAGCGAAGAGAAGAGAAGAUGAGAAGCUUCAACUUCCAAAAGCCAGUAAAGGACAAAGGAAUACCAAAAGUUCCUUUGAUCCCUUUCAGCUGAUUCCUUGCUGUUCCUUCACAGAAGAAAAACCAGAGCCAUUCCAAGUAAGAGUUGCUGCAGAGGCACUUCUGAUUAUGGAUUUGCAUGCACAUGUUUCCAUGGCAGAGGUAAUAGGCUUGCUUGGUGGAAGAUACUCUGAAAAAAAUGGAAUAGUUGAAGUCUGCACAGCAGAACCAUGCAAUAGUCUCAGCACAGGAUUGCAGUGUGAAAUGGACCCAGUUUCGCAAACUCAGGCAUCAGAGGCACUUGCUGCUAGAGGCUACAGUAUCAUUGGGUGGUAUCAUUCUCAUCCUGCUUUUGACCCAAAUCCCUCAAUACGAGAUAUUGAUACACAAGCAAAAUACCAAAGUUAUUUCUCAAGAGGUGGAUCAGCGUUUGUUGGAGUGAUCAUUAGUCCUUACAAUCGAAAUAACCCUCUUCCAUAUUCCCAGAUUACUUGUCUGGUAAUCAGUGAUGAGACAAGUUCUGAUGGAUCUUAUCGUUUGCCAUACAAGUUUGAAGUCCGAGAAAUGUUGGAGGAACCUAGGUGGGAACUGGUACUGGAAAAAACACGAUGGAUAAUUGAGAAAUACAGGAUGUCUCAUAGUUGUGUGCCCAUGGAUAAAAUCUUCCAUAGAGAUUCAGAUCUGACUUGUCUGCAGAAGCUGUUGGAAUGCAUGAGGAAGACCCUGGACAAUGCAGCAAAUAGUUUCAUUGCUGAAGAAUUCCUGGCACAACUAGAGAACUUGUUUCUUUCAACCUACAAUAAUGAGGAAUGGAAUGAUACCACUGAAGAAAAUAGUACGUGUCCAAAUGACCAGUGCAUAUAAGAGUACUGAAAAGAGAAAUUGUUCACUUUAUAAUAAAGCACCCUUGUUCAAGAGUGAAAACAUCUAGUAUGGCUGAAGAAAAUGGUAGCUCCUCAAAGACAGAAUGGAACAAUCAUGACAGACUGUCUUGAUUUCUGACAUAGCUCUUCCAACAUUGUGGUUGCACUGAAGAACGAUGAAUGAAUAAUAUGACAGCUCACUUGGUUAGAAACAUUGCAUCAUACUGAUUGUUCAGAAUAACUGAAGUGAUAGUAUAUGCUGGUUAAACCAUAAAGCCAGUUUGUAAGAUGUUGCUCAAAUGAAUAUAUUACUUAAUAUUUUUGUGUCAGGUAGAGACUACUACCAUGUAAUACGUUUUAUUGUCUAAUGGAAAUUCUCUGGGGUGUCAGCAAACUUAUUGUCCAUUUGAUAAGCAGGAAUAAUUACUUUCAAAUAUUCAAUUGUAUACCUCAUGGAGAAUCUCUGCCUUGAGUGUGUCUGUUGUUGAAGCAUGUUCAGUCUAGUCAGGAACCCUCCUCUUCAGUUGAACACCAGUGCAAGAUCAGAGUAAAAAAAUUCUUCAUACUGAUCUUGCUAUCUAAAUGCAAAUUUGCAAAAUUUGCUGUUCCUGUGUAAAAUAAGACAUUCUUGUCAGCAAUGAGAAGAGCUUGCUAAGUAUAGCUUGCUGAACAUUGUAGAGACUAAGAAUUGUGGUAAGACUAUUCACCAGACUUCAUGUAUCAAAACCCAGAAAUACAUAUUAAAACACAUAUAUGUAAAGAACACAAAGACACCAGAAAGCCUCAGAAGGAUUAAAAACCCAAUAGUAUUGCAUCUGAGACGGACCUCUUUUUGUGAAGCCAAAUUUUAUCUGUGAAGCCAAGUUUUGUCUGUGGAAUAACAAUCAGCAAACUCCACUCUAGCCACUUUAAUCCUUGACUAGGCUAGCCCAGGUGUAAUUAUGCUGGUCUACUAGUUGUGCAUCUAAUGUCUAUCAAUAUAUUAAUAAGAGUAAGCAUCAUAAUAUUUUCUCUGUGAAUUAAGAAUAUAUUUCAUUCAGCCAUCUGCAUGCAAAGGCCCUAGAAUCAUAAUACAGUAGGUAGUUUAUCAGUGUUGAAAUAUAGUUGGAAUCGUUUGGUUAAUUUCCACUACAGUGGACCCAUUGAGUCAGUUGUUAACAUCUAAGUAGAUCAAUUGCUUCAGUAGUUCUGCUCUAGUCAGGACUAACAAAAAUGAUUUAGACCACAAUCUGAGCAUUAGUUUAGUCCCUAGACUGUUGUGUCUAUUGUGCUGCAUGUGAAAUAAUCACUUACCUGUAGUGUGGUGCUGUGUAAUAUUUCAGAGACUCUUCAUAAUUACUUUGCAGCUUAUUUUUUUAAAUGAUAUGUACAUCUUCAUUGUAAAUGUGUGUUGUAAAUAUUGUGUAUUUGUACAGAAAAGAGUUAAUGAGUUACUUUACUGUCAUGUAAAAGCACAGUACAGAGAUCUCUGCCUCAUAAUACAUUUUAUCAAGUAAUUGGGAGCAUCUGAUCACUAAAAUAAUGGAAAACUCUUCUUAGCAGCCUUGCUCCUUCAAUAAACUCUGUGAAGAUGUUUAAAA